AUGGAGGAUCAAACCCCACUUGGGUCGCAAGAGAACCCUCUAUCCAGCCGUGCAACCUCGACGAGCAGAGAGAACCUGGGUUCGUCACCUGUGCUUCCCACCCUGGACAAAAGACAUGGCAGCAAACCACGUAAAGCACCAACAAUAACACCCAGAACUUUCACGCGAUUCUUCACACCAAAGUCUUCCCUGGAACGAGGUGGCCGGAUUGGUGCGUCGAGGCAGGCAUUGAGAGACAUUACAGCGUCGGCGUCAAAUCGCAAAGGGCGAAGGACGUCAACAAAAGAUACCAUACAAAUAUUCGAAGGCGAUGGCGAAGGAGUCGUGCUUGGCUCGAAGAGGAGGAAGCGAAAAAUACCUGAUUCUCUAGACAUGACACCAGAUCGCUCGUCACCUCUGAAAAGGAUACGUAACCAGUCAUUGGAGAUUUCGGAAGAUGAGGGCAGUGACACAGGUACAAAUGAGUCUAGAGACGACGCCGAAGAUCCUUUCCGGAGAUAUGGCAGGCAGCCAAAUUCCAUUGAGCGCAUCAUCGGCUCCAAUUAUCAUGGCUGCCAGGGAAGAUACUUACGGCGAGAGAUCGGUAUCCAGAGGAGAGCAUCGGAACUCCGGUGCUUUGGUCGUAGCGUUGGGAUGUCGGAGUGGCAACAGGAGACGACCCACUUCUCGACCAGACCCGAAGAUGCACAUGUUUGCAUGAAUGUCGCAGCGCCAUCAGACCACACGAUACCGUUCUGUACUACAAGCUGCAACACCAACACUCUUGUUGCCAUUGGAGACGAGGACGGAGGUGUGAGGUUGCUCGAGAGUUCGAAGGGCGAAAAGCCAGAAUUUUCAAAGGCAUACUUAGCAUUUCGGCCGCAUUCAAAUGCCAUCCUCGACUUAGCCUUUUCUCGUGAUGAUCUUCUAUUAGCAACGGCAUCCGGAGAUCAGACCUCGCAAGUUAUCGACAUGCCCACCCAACGAGCCACCUACACCUUAGCCGGCCACGUCUCUUCUGUCAAACAAGUCUGCUUCCAGCCAGGUAGCUCAAACGUUCUCGCAAGCUCAAGUCGCGACGGCAGCGUGCAAAUAUGGGAUCUGCGAUGCAAGGGAUUUGAUGCUCCUGUCCGGGACAUCAGAGUCUCGGUCGAACCCUCCAGCAUUAGCACUACCCGAAGCUCUGUGCCGAAUAAACUGACAUGGGCUCGCUCUGUCAAUACCAUCUUCGAGGCACACGCAAGCCGGCAACCAGCGUCGACCAAUGCAGCUGCCAGCGGCAGGCUCGCACCAAGUUUCGAUGCACCCUCCAAGACCGAGUCUCCCGGCAGGAGAGGCGACGUUUCCAUCACGGCACUCUCGUUCCUGCACCCUGGACGAGAGCAUCUUUUCCUCACCGCAUCCGAAGCAAACGCUAGUGUCAAGCUAUGGGAUCUCCGUACCACACACAAUCACCGCCGAAGCCGGGCAACACCUUUGUCAAGCACCCGACAGCCCGACAGCCACAACAAGCACCGUCAUUUCGGCCUAACUUCUCUGUCGCUAAGUGGCGAUGGUGGACGACUGUACGCGUUGUGUAGAGAUAACACCAUCUAUGCGUACUCGACUUCGCAUCUGAUACUAGGUCAUGCACCAGAGCUUUCCAAAUCAUUCUUGAAGCCCCGAAGAUCUGGUGGUUCUGAGAAAGAAGGCCUGGGGCCAAUCUAUGGUUUUCGACAUCCAAAAUUUCAUGCAACCACGUUUUAUGUCAAAUCUGCUUUACGGCCUGCAAAGGACGACCAGAGCGAGAUGCUCGCGGUGGGAAGCAGCGAUGGCUGUGCCGUGAUAUUUCCGACAGAUGAAAGAUACUUGCAGCGCUCGAACCACCAGCGGAUGCUGUUUUCGGACUCACCGUUUCCAAGAAGCCGGCCCUCUUUAACACGAACAGAUAGCGGCACUGGCCUCUCCACUCGCCUGGAAGACACAAUCCCCAUAUACCAGCAUGGCUCGGCACUGAUUCGAGGCCACAGCAGAGAAAUGACUGGGCUGACGUGGAGUCCAAGAGGGGAGCUGGUCACUGUCGGUGAUGACUUUGUGGCGAGAUGCUGGCGGGAGGAUGACGCGUAUGCCAGAGAUUUACGGUUGGGUGGUGAAAAGGAAGGACGGCGAUGGGGUUGUGGGUGGGCUGAAGCUGAAAAGGGGUGGGAUGAUGACGACGGGUGA